CGGCUGCGGACCAGUCGAAGGAGCGGCGGUGGUGCUGGGGUCUGAGCCACUGGCUCCUCCACCGCCCCUGAACCUGGAGCCCCUGGCACAGGUUUAGACCCAGUGUGCCUGCUGGGCUGUGCCCAGGUUCAGAGCCAUGCCAAUUGGUGGGUGAAGCUUUAGGCCGUGAUGGAGCCACCGCAGCAGCCACCACCGCAGCCACCGAACAUAGCUCCUCUGGGGAUGGAUGCCAGAGAGAAGCAGGGACAGCAAAUGAGAGAAGCCCAGUUCUUGUAUGCCCAGAAGCUGGUCACACAGACUCUCCUUUCUGCCACACCUGGGCGGCCUGCUGGCAGCUCUUCCCUGGGUCCCUUAGCCAGAGUUCAUCCGCCCACAGCAGUGACCCGAGUUUUUGAACGGAACAGCGCAAACUCAGAGCCUGAGGAAGAGGAGGGAGGCUUGGAAGAUGACGAUGGGGAUGAUGACAUUGCAGAUGUGGCUGAGAAAGAGGCCCGGGCUGCUUCAAAAUAUUCUCAAGGGCAGAAAGUAGUUUGCCAAGACCCCAGAGGAGCACAUGUAUCUGGCGUCCUUCCAGCACCAGGGCUCCCACCACAUGGACAGCAAGCUCAAGAAGACCAUACCAAAGAUGCUACCAAGGCCCCACCUUCAGUCUCUGGAGCUGGGCCGCCAGGCUGGAAUCAGGAUGAGCAGCUCAAACAGAAUGGUGGCUUGGCUUGGAGCGAUGAUGCAGAUGGAGGCCGAGGAAGAGAGAUCUCUCGAGACUUUGCCAAGCUGUAUGAACUGGACGGUGAUCCGGAAAGGAAAGAGUUCCUGGAUGACCUCUUCAUCUUUAUGCAGAAGAGGGGGACCCCCAUCAACCGAAUCCCUAUCAUGGCCAAGCAGAUCCUUGACCUGUAUAUGCUGUAUAAGCUGGUGACGGAGAAGGGGGGCCUGGUGGAGAUCAUCAACAAGAAGAUCUGGAGGGAGAUCACUAAAGGCCUGAACCUGCCCACAUCCAUCACCAGUGCUGCCUUCACCCUGAGGACCCAGUACAUGAAGUACCUCUAUGCCUACGAGUGUGAGAAGAAAGCCUUGAGCUCCCCAGCUGAGCUCCAGGCAGCCAUUGAUGGCAACAGGCGGGAGGGCCGACGGCCCAGCUACAGCUCCUCCCUCUUUGGCUACUCACCCGCUGCCACUGCUGCCGCCGCCGCCGGGGCCCCUGCCCUUCUCUCUACAUCCAAGAUCCGCUUCCCCAUCCUUGGGCUGGGCUCCAGCAGUGGUACCAGUGCCAGUAGCCCACGGAUAUCCCCAGCAACUACCCUCAGGAAAGGUGAUGGAGUCCCAGUGACAACAGUACCUGUGCCAAAUCGACUGGCUGUGCCCCUGACUUUGGCAGGCCAGCAGGCUGGCACCCGGAUGGCCACGCUGGAACAGCUGCGGGAGCGGCUGGAGUCAGGGGAGCCCCCUGAGAAGAAGGUGUCCAGGCUGUCAGAGGAGGAGCAGCGCCUGGUGCAGCAGGCUUUCCAGCGCAACUUUCUCAGCAUGGCACGGCAGCUGCCCAUGAAGAUUCGGGUCAACGGGCGGGAAGACAGAUCAGAGGCCUCGGCUACAGCGCUGAAUCUGACCACAGGCAGCAUUGGGAGCAUUAACAUGUCUGUGGAUAUCGAUGGCACCACCUAUGCAGGUGUGCUCUUUGCCCAGAAGCCCAUGGUCCACCUUAUCGCAGGGUCUGCUCCCCAGAGCAUCAGCAGCAGCGCCAGCAGCAGCAGCAGCUCUCACUGCUCACCCAGUCCUACCUCAUCCCGGGGCACCCCCAGUGCAGAGCCCUCCACCAGCUGGUCCCUCUGAGGGGCAGGACCCAGCUCCUACUCCCCACUCUCCUGUAAAGAGUGAAGGAAGUUGAUGCACAAAAUUUACCUCAUCUCACGGAUCCCAUGUCAAAUACCAUUUGGCCAGAUGUUGAGAGUUUGGAUGUGUCCACCUGUCCAGGCUCCAUUCAGGUCCUGCUGUACUCUGGGGACAGGGAGAGGCUAGAGGGCAGGACAGGGCAGCGUUGUCCAAUCAGGGAUUGUCCUGGGGAAAUGGGUGGGGUCUGUGGGCAGCCAGCUUCCUGGGGAUUCCCAGGCCACCCCCGAUCCGGGGCGCAGUGUAUUGACAAUCUGUAAGCCAACACAGGGCUGGAAGCCCUCAUAUCCCUUCCCCUUUAAUUUAUUUUCCUUGCCCUGCCUUCUGUCAUGACCCCAGGGUCACUG